UCUGAAGAAAACAGACGCAUGAGUAAAGGAAUAGAGGGCUACUCCUCUCCUCCUCUCCUCCCUUCCCACUUUUUCUCCUCCAUUCACCGAGCUGAGAGAACACUCCCCAGGCUGGACCUCCAGACAGCACCUCUCUCUGUCCACACAACAAAAGAAACACCAUUGUUUCACCUUCGUUUGGGGGCAACUGUCUGUGUUUCCCUAGAUACAAAGAUUGCCGUCUUCCUAUGUUACAAUGAGGCUUUGUUGGGCGUGAACUUCCACAGAACCAGGAGCCGGGUACAUCAGAACGCCGAAGAAGACUUAGGUCCAUUUUCCGAGCGACCCUGUCGGGGUUUUGGACAGACUGGUUUCAGGGUGCGGUUGCUCCGCCAGAGAUGGGCUCAGAUGUGCGUGAUCUCAAUGCCCUGCUGCCCCCGGUGCCAUCCUUGCCAGGGGGGAACGGGAAUUGUACCCUGCCCGUCAGCAGUGCUCCUCAGUGGGGCCCCGUACUGGACUUCCACACUGGCACCCCCUACAGCUCGCUGGCACCCCACCCCUUCAUCAAGCAGGAACCCAGCUGGAGCUCUGGAGACCCCCAUGAGGACCCCCACUGCGGCCUGAGCGCCUUCACUGUGCACUUCUCCGGCCAGUUCACUGGCACAGGGGCCUGCAGGUACGGGGCCUUCGGGGCUCCCCCUCCACCCAGCCAGCCCCCACCAAGCCAGCCAAGGAUGUUCAGCAACGCACCCUACCUGACCAACUGUAUGGACACCCAGCCCCCCUCCAGGAACCAGGGUUACAGUGCUUUCGAUGGUACCAGUAAUUACGGUCACACUCCCACACACCACUCCUCCCAGUUCCCCAACCACUCCUUUAAACAUGAAGACUCCCUCGCUCAGCAGACCAGUAUGGGUGAGCAGCAGUAUCCUGUCCCUCCACCCGUGUAUGGAUGUCACACCCCAUCAGACAGCUGUGCAGGCAGCCAAGCACUACUGCUAAGGAACCCUUACAACAGCCAUGCUACGGGCUAUGAGAGUGACCCCAGCAAUCCCAUGGUGUAUAGCUGCAGCACCCAGUACCGCAUCCACACCCACGGAGUAUUCAGAGGCAUACAGGAUGUCCGACGGGUGCCAGGUAUGCCCCCUGCCAUUGUUCGCUCAGAGACCAGUGAGAAGAGGCCGUUCAUGUGCACAUAUCCUGGCUGCAACAAACGAUACUUCAAGCUGUCCCACCUGCAGAUGCACAGCAGAAAACACACAGGCGAGAAGCCCUACCAGUGUGACUUCACCGACUGUGGACGAAGGUUCUCCAGGUCCGACCAGCUGAAGAGACACCAGCGAAGACACACAGGGGUUAAACCGUUCCAGUGCGAGACGUGUCAGAGAAAGUUCUCACGGUCUGACCACCUUAAGACCCACACCCGGACUCAUACAGGUAAAACAAGUGAGAAGCCUUUCAACUGCAGAUGGCCCAACUGUCAGAAGAAGUUUGCCAGGUCCGAUGAGCUGGUUCGUCACCACAACAUGCACCAGAGGAACCUGACCAAGCUCCAGCUGGCCAUCUGAGCCAGAACUUAGCCAGCCUCACUGCUCUCAAACAUCCUCCCUACAUGAGACUGAAUCCCCCAGCUCGCACGGGGGAGCAGCAGCAGAGCACGAGGCCGACAACAUUGUUCAUCUGCAUGUUACCGUACAGCCUCACCAACGGACAGUUCUCCAAACAGUGCCACCUAGGGACAGUCCUCUGUUCAUACACUCUGAUUCAGAGGGUUAUUUUAGUAAGAUAUAUUUAAUGAGGAAACCAAACAGUUUCUAUCGCUUGUCAGUGUUCUAUAGAUGUGUAUAACUUUUGUGCCCAUUUCUCAGUUGAAGUAUUACAGACUAAUUUAUUUGAUCAUACUUUUGUGAAUUAAAAUCUUUCACUGGAAUGAUUUCUGGAAAGGGGGAUUUCUGGAAAGGGGGACUUUGGUCCGACAGUAUCUUCAUCAUCGCUAUUGUUCAGUCCACAUCCCUGUGUUUUUGAUUUGAUCUGCACCGGGUAGUUGAAACAUAAAACUACACUAUGUCCGCUUUUGUCUGUGAUGUUGUCUGUAAAUAUUGUUUCACUUUGACAGUGGAUUUUGGGGCUGUGAGUUUAAACAAAUAUGUAUCGGGCACACUGGCUAUGUGGCCAAGAAGUUGUCAUAUUAAAUGAUGUAAAUAAUCAGACUGGACCAUGGAUUACAUUCAUAUUCUUGCCAUGGAAAAUGUGACUUAAGUAUUAUAGUUUAGACUAGACCUACUUCGAUAGAUCCAGGAAAUGCUUUUUUAAGUGUGUAUUUCAUAAGUCAUAAAACAAUUCUGAUUUUUUUCCUCUGAAGUGUAUUAUAAAUACAUUACGGUCUGUUCCCAUCUGUUGAAACUGUAUUGUUCUUACUGUUUUUAUACAGUAUAUAUACUGAUUCUGUUGUUGUUGUUGUUGUUAUUUUUUCCCAUUGCGUUCUGUAUUAAAGCCCCCUCGGAGUGUGCACACUGCCUCGGCAGCUGUGUUGGCUCAGGGGCCAGGGUUGAGUUACUUUUGCCUUCACUAACAGGGCUGAUCAACCGCGCUCCUGAGACCCACUGACCAGAGCGUAACCUGACCAGGUCAUGAGCCCUUGUAAGUCACCUGACACAAGUUACCAGAGGAGGCUUAUACUGGCCCGGUCUCCGAAUAAAAAUAGUUAUGAUAACAAAAUACAACUCUUGACUGUAGCUAACAUCCGCUGCUUUCUUUAUCUCUGAGCAGAUUCUUUUCAAAUUCCUUGACUUCUGAGUGAAACAGGAGACGCAGAUAAAAAAUAAACGUGUUUUCUCUCAAACUCACUGUUCCUUGGGACUAUUCAUCUUAAUUAAGCGGUGCAGUCUCCCUGCACUUAGAAAAAAAUACACUUUUAAUCCACUAUUGUUGUUUUUCAAACAAUAAAAAAAUAUCCACUUUAA